AUGCAGCCGCUGGAGUGGACAAAACUGAUGCCAUACUGGACUAGGAAUGGAUGUGGGGUCAAAGUAUGGGACAUGGAGGCAAAUCAGUACAUGGACCGGGAGACCUUUACAUUCAAUUGUUCCAGUGCCCCUCGCCGCUGCAAGCUAGCCAUUGCAGUGCGUUGCGCUGAACUGGCAGCUAUUGGCAUCGACAAGGAGGAGGAGGGAUACGAGAAGGAUGGCCACCAAAUCAAGAUCUUGAAGCACAACGCGAACUUGGCUUUGUUCUUGCUCGCCAACGACCAGAGUGUGGACCAGGGCAGCGCUCUGGCCGACGGCAAUGAUCAGGAGGAGUCAUGA